AUGUGCCAAUCCCCGCUCCACGAGUUCAUCAAGGGUCUGCCAAAAUGCGAGCACCACGUCCACCUUGAGGGCUGCCUAACCCCAGAACUAAUCUUUGAACUGGCGGCACGAAAUGGCAUCUCCCUCCCAACAGACCCAGUCUACACUUCAAUCUCAACCCUAAGCAAACGCUAUGAACACUUCACCUCACUGGACGACUUCCUGCACUUCUACUUCGAAGGCAUGGCAGUCCUCCGCAAUGAGCAAGACUUCGCCGAUUUAGCCUGGUCCUACUUCCAAAAGGCGCAUUCAGACGGCGUCCACCACGCAGAAGUCUUCUUCGACCCGCAAGUCCACAAAGACCGCAGCAUCCCCUACGAAACCAUCGUGGGCGGAUUCUCCAAGGGCUGUCAGCGCGCUGAGAAAGAACUCGGUCUGUCAACCCGUCUGAUUCUCUGCUUCGUGCGCCAUCUCCCCGUCGACUCGGCCAGGGGUGUUUACAACGAAUUGGUUGCCUCUAAGCACUUCGAGGCUGAUGUUGUUCACGGCCUUGGAUGGUCUUCUUCCGAAGUUGGACCUCCGAAGGACAUGUUCCGGGAUAUCUACGCCGACGCAAAGGAAUCGGGUAUCCCGCUUACAGCGCAUGCCGGCGAAGAAGGUGAUCCCACUUAUAUCAGCACAGCGCUUGAGCUUGGUGCGACCCGCAUUGAUCAUGGCAUUCGGCUUGUCGAGGAUGAAGAGUUGAUGAAGCGGAUUGCGCGUCAGGGCACUUUGCUUACUGUUUGUCCUCUGUCGAAUGUGCGUCUGCGCUGUGUUCAGUCUGUAAAGGAGGUUCCUAUUCGGAAGUUCCUUGAGGCUGGUGUGAAGUUCUCCAUCAACAGUGAUGACCCUGCUUACUUUGGUGGUUAUAUUUUGGAUAAUUAUUAUGCUGUGCAGGAGGCGUUUGAGCUGAAUGUUUUGGAGUGGAGGAUUAUUGCUGAGAAUAGUGUUCAGGAGAGUUGGAUUCCUGAUGAGAGGAAGGCUGUUUUAUUGGAGAAGAUUGAGAAGCAUGUGAAGGAGUAUAUGCAUACUCUUUCUGCUUAG